AUGCCAGGUGGAUCUGUGUCGACUGGUGUAAACAAUACAGCACCACAACAAACUUCAACUUCUUGGCAACCUUCAGCAGAACAAAAUUCUGGCUUGUUUUCAUCUGUUUCAUAUGUAAAAAAGGAACCUAACGACCUUUCUAUUGAGCAGCAACAUAGGAAUCAUUUAUCUAAAUUGCAUGGGUUGCCUUCUGUUAAUUCUGGUCAAACUGAACAGGGUAGUGGUGUCAAUCAAGGCACCGUAAAGGAUGAGUUUUCAAGAGGUUCUUUAGCACUCACUAGCAUGUCACAUACAACAUCUGCUAGCUUUCCCACAUCAAGCUCUGCAUCUCAACUAGAUCCAACCAUCCAAACCCAGUUUGAUAACCCGAAUGAUUCAAAUAUGGAAGAGAUGCCCAUUGUACUGACAAGGUUAAGUUUAAAACUGGGCUGCACACUAAUACAAACGCUAGCAAUCAACACAAGACUAAGCUUGGUGGGAAGGCUGAAACUUCAAAAAGGCAAUUUAUCUAAUCAGAAUAAAGAGGCGGUACAAGUUGAAUUAAAUGACAAAUGGUAUCUUAAUAUGCCAUUUUUGGAUGUUCCUUUGUUAAGGCUGCUGAAGGAAUUGUUUGUAGGACAGAAGCUUGAAGAAUGGGAAACAGAAGAUUAA